UACGAGGGCAUUCACGAGCUGUUCCAGUCUGCCGAGCGUCUUUAAAGCCACCAAAAUGGGGAACAAAAAUGCCCAAAACUUUUUUCUUUUUUUUUCAAAGUGAUCUUUCUUGUCGGAGACUCCAGAGUUGAAAGGGAAAGCGACUGCGGCCCAUUACGCCAAUGUACACUGCAUAAUUGCAUUUAGAUUGUCCCAUAGAUACAGUGUAUGAAUUCGAUUAGGUCUGGGGCCCCAUACCAUAACACGCGCAUACCAAAUGAAAUUGGAUGCCGCCGACCAAAUUUAUCGUAUUAUGGUUAUUAUUUAUUAUCCAGCCAUUGGGGGAUAGUGCAACAGUGUGUUUUGGACUAGUCUCGGGCCGCGUGAGUUGUUGCAGAGAGCCAACGAGACGUUUGUUACGGUCGCGUUGGGGGUCUGCGUCAUCACCAUAGCCAACUUUGAUUGGGCAGGGGACUCAGUGAGUUAAAAAAAAAGUAUCAGAAAAACCCGAAGGCGGCACUUGGAUUCUCCCACUGCAAUUUCCCAUUGACAGAUGACUUGAACUUUCGUGGUCAUAUCGGAUGCUUAUUGAGGAACUCACUCGCCACUGAUACGCGCACUUCUUGACAUGAGGUUCAACCGCGUGGAGUGAACCGGCAAAAACACUUCCUAUCUCCAUGUGUCGUCCGAUUAUCAACACUCACGACGUUCUGAAAGUAUAGAGUUAAGCUGGAAAAUCUCACUUUUUCGCUAGAAUAAAGGGGGAAAUUGUAAGAUAGGAAGACGUUUUGUUUAUUGAUUCAGUCAUUUUUGUUGUACCUCCGCGGGAAAGAUGUCGAGCGGCAGUAACAAGACUCUCACGGUGAGCACCAAUUCGGCGUUCUCGAGACCCGAGUAUAACGCCUCACCGACGGCGGGUAGUACGCCGACCAGCCCGGAGAAAUUGCCCACGGACCCGGGCCGGGAGAACCUGUCGUUCCGCGUGGAGUCCCUAGUCGGCGUGAAGCGCGAGGACUCACCACCGUAUGCAACCACCGAGAUAGAACGGGACAAUACCGGUGCAGCCAGGGACCGUGUUGCUGCCACCACCGCCACCACUACCCCGUCCAAGCCUGCCACGUCCCCGUGUUGUGCCACCAGUCCUUCGUUCACCUACACGGUGGAAGGAAUCCUCGCUUCCAAAUCCUCGCACCAUUCUCAAACUGCCAACUCCCUGCUUCACCACCAUCAACACCACCUCCACCACAGUCACCAUCAUCAUCCAAGACCUGGCGAUUUAUCCCCGACGACCAAGACGUACACGUGGGGCAAUACGAGUUUCCCGUGGAUGCAGGGAGCGAGGCUAUCACCCAACUCACUAAGUUCCCCCACCGAGGCCCGCCCUUACGGUGCCAGUGCGCCGGGAGCCCCGGGACCCAAGGUGCAGUGCACGCUCCGCAAGCACAAGACCAACCGCAAGCCCCGCACCCCCUUCACCACCUCACAGCUCCUAUCCCUGGAGCGCAAGUUCCGUCAGAAGCAGUACCUGUCCAUCGCCGAGCGGGCCGAGUUCUCCGCCUCCCUCAACCUGACUGAGACCCAGGUCAAGAUCUGGUUCCAGAACCGGCGGGCGAAGGCCAAGCGUCUCCAGGAGGCCGAGCUGGAGAAGCUGAAGAUGGCCGCCAAGCCCCUCCUGCCGCCUGGCUUCGGCUUGCCGUUCCCACCGACCUACUACUCGCUGGGACACCUCCACCGCCACGCCGCAAUGCCCGGCUUACUCCAGCCGCUGCAGUUUUCCCCCUACUCGUACUUUCCCGGGUCUGCCACGGGGACGGCCCACCAUGGACCAUCCGCGAGUCUUUUGUGCCCGUAUUCGGCGUCAGGAACGCUAUAAUAAUCAUUGGGAAGUUUUCCCAUGACUAUGACAAUCAGAGACAUCUGCGAUCUGGACCAAAACAAAUCUGUCCAAGAAUGUUGGAAGAACGGUAACACAUAACAAGAAAUGACUCCAAUUGCCUCACAGUGUAAAAAUGUUGGAACAAAAACCUGUUAAUUGUCUUAUCAUAGACAUAGUAUUUUCGCUCCAGGGGCAACAUAAAUGAACUGCUACAACAACAUUUUAAUGUAUUUGUUAAUUAAAGUAUAUUAUGAUUAUUUGAUUCCUGAACAACUCAGAAGAUGACGGAAGAUUGUCAAGAACUUGCAAUACUAUUUUGGCUGGUAGCAGAAGCUUUCACAUUGUGUUGAUUGGUAACAAAAUAAUGUAAAACCUUAUAAUCUGAUUGGUCCGUUUAUGACCCCGGCGCCUCAGAUUUUGAACAUGUCCGUUUCACCUACUAUAUUGUUGCGACAUCCUUAAGACAUGUGCAUUUUUUUCUUAAUAUGCCGAGGUGAUGUCUUCUGUGAUAAAAAAAAAGAGAUCGAUUCAAACAAUCCAAACGGUGGUAACUUGUAAGCAUUUCAAUUUGAAUGCAGUGAUGAACACGUGCCAUGCAGUUUGAAUUUGAUAGACACCUUUGCCAAGUGUUUUAUUCAGUACUUCUUACAAUACCAGGCGCGGCCAGUGUCUACCCUCAUGAGAGUUAAACAUUAAAACAACUCCAAAAAGUUAAACUUGAAUUCUACACGAAUAUUAACUUGACGCAUGUUUGUAAUUCAAGACCACUUUACUGUGUAACAGAAAGCUGCUAAGUUGCUUGUAGAGGCGUGGAAGUGUAAAGAAAAAAGCGGGCCUCCUGAA